ACAGCCUGGUGCAAUUCCCACCUCAGAAAAGCAGGCACACAGAUUGAGAACAUUGAGGAGGACUUCAGAAACGGCCUCAAACUGAUGCUGCUCUUGGAAGUUAUCUCAGGGGAAAGACUACCGAAACCAGACAGAGGGAAGAUGCGCUUCCAUAAAAUUGCUAAUGUCAACAAAGCUCUGGAUUAUAUCGCCAGCAAAGGAGUGAAACUUGUGUCAAUUGGUGCAGAAGAAAUUGUUGACGGCAAUGUGAAAAUGACACUGGGUAUGAUCUGGACUAUCAUCCUUCGCUUUGCUAUUCAGGAUAUUUCAGUGGAAGAGACCUCUGCCAAAGAAGGGCUGCUGCUGUGGUGUCAAAGAAAAACUGCCCCUUACAGAAAUGUGAACAUUCAGAACUUCCAUCUUAGCUGGAAAGAUGGCCUUGGAUUAUGUGCACUUAUCCACAGACACCGACCUGAUCUUAUUGACUACUCCAAGCUAAAUAAGGAUGACCCCAUAGGAAAUAUCAACCUUGCCAUGGAAAUUGCUGAAAAGCAUUUGGAUAUCCCUAAGAUGUUGGAUGCAGAAGAUGUAGUAAACACUGCCAGACCUGAUGAAAGAGCCAUUAUGACUUAUGUUUCCUGUUACUAUCAUGCAUUUGCUGGUGCUCAGAAGGCUGAGACUGCAGCUAACCGGAUCUGUAAGGUGCUUGCUGUGAAUCAGGAAAAUGAGAGGUUGAUGGAAGAAUAUGAGAGACUAGCAAGUGAGCUUUUAGAAUGGAUUCGCCGGACAAUUCCUUGGCUGGAAAACAGGACCCCAGAAAAAACAAUGCAGGCUAUGCAGAAGAAAUUAGAGGAUUUCCGGGACUACCGCCGCAAACACAAACCUCCCAAAGUCCAAGAGAAAUGUCAACUGGAGAUCAAUUUCAACACCCUGCAGACAAAACUGAGAAUCAGCAAUCGGCCAGCUUUCAUGCCAUCAGAGGGAAAAAUGGUUUCAGAUAUUGCUGGCGCUUGGCAGAGACUUGAACAAGCUGAGAAAGGCUAUGAAGAGUGGCUGCUGAAUGAAAUACGAAGACUGGAAAGACUUGAACACUUGGCUGAGAAAUUUAGGCAGAAGGCUUCCACUCAUGAACAAUGGGCAUAUGGCAAAGAGCAGAUCUUACUUCAGAAGGAUUAUGAAUCUGCUUCUCUGACAGAAAUCCGCGCCAUGUUAAGGAAACAUGAAGCUUUUGAGAGCGAUUUGGCUGCUCACCAGGACAGGGUGGAACAGAUCGCUGCCAUUGCCCAGGAGCUGAAUGAACUGGACUACCAUGAUGCUGCAAGUGUCAACGAUAGAUGCCAAAAGAUAUGUGACCAAUGGGACAGCCUGGGAACACUUACUCAGAAAAGGAGAGAGGCACUGGAGAGGACAGAGAAAUUGCUCGAAACAAUUGAUCAGCUUCACCUGGAGUUUGCCAAAAGAGCUGCUCCUUUCAACAACUGGAUGGAAGGUGCUAUGGAAGACCUACAGGACAUGUUUAUUGUUCAUAGCAUAGAGGAAAUUCAGAGUUUAAUCUCUGCACAUGAUCAAUUUAAAGCUACUUUGCCAGAGGCAGAUGGUGAAAGACAGGCCAUACUGUCAAUCCAGAACGAAGUUGAAAAAGUUAUUCAGAGUUACAGCAUGAGAAUAAGUGCAAGCAAUCCUUACAGCACUGUUACUGUGGAAGAGAUUCGUACCAAGUGGGAAAAGGUGAAGCAGCUGGUGCCUCAGAGGGAUCAAUCCUUGCAGGAGGAACUAGCACGCCAGCAUGCCAACGAGCGCCUGCGUCGCCAGUUUGCUGCUCAGGCCAAUGUCAUUGGGCCAUGGAUCCAGACCAAGAUGGAGGAAAUUGCCCGCAGCUCUAUUGAAAUGACAGGGCCUUUGGAGGACCAGAUGAAUCAGCUGAAGCAAUAUGAGCAUAAUAUCAUUAACUAUAAACACAACAUUGACAAACUGGAAGGAGAUCAUCAGCUUAUACAAGAAGCCCUGGUGUUUGACAACAAGCACACCAACUAUACUAUGGAGCACAUCCGUGUUGGAUGGGAGCUCCUACUUACCACCAUUGCUCGAACUAUCAAUGAGGUUGAGACUCAGAUCCUUACAAGAGAUGCCAAAGGUAUCACCCAGGAACAAAUGAAUGACUUCAGAGCAUCAUUCAAUCAUUUUGACAGGGAUGAAUCUGACAAUCUACAUUCUGAUGAAUUUAAAGCCUGCCUCAUCAGUCUAGGACAGGUUGGAAAUGACCUGCAGAGGAAGAAUGGAUUGAUGGACCAUGAUGAUUUCAGAGCUUGCUUAAUUUCAAUGGGUUAUGAUUUGGGUGAAGCUGAGUUUGCCCGAAUCAUGUCUCUGGUUGACCCCAAUGGGCAAGGAACUGUCACUUUCCAGUCCUUCAUUGACUUCAUGACCAGAGAAACGGCAGACACAGACACGGCUGAGCAAGUGAUAGCUUCCUUCAGAAUCCUGGCUUCAGAUAAGCCUUAUAUCCUGGCAGAUGAGUUACGUCGAGAGCUGCCUCCUGAGCAGGCUCAGUACUGCAUCAAGAGAAUGCCUCCGUACACCGGCCCAGGUUCUGUUCCUGGGGCUCUGGAUUACACCUCUUUUUCGUCAGCACUGUACGGAGAGAGCGACCUCUGAUUCUGUAAUUGGCCGUAUUCAUGGUAGACACUAAAAAUACCCACCUUAUUGCCCAGAUUGCUUCUCAAAAGCUUUGACAAGCUGAUUUUAAAAUGAGUUUUACAAAUACAGUAGGUACAGUCAGUGUAAAGUGCUAGUAACUAAAGUAACUAGUGUAUAUUAAAGUGUGUGGCACGCUAGAUUUCUGCAUUGUUGGUUUUAGGUUGUCUGUCCUAUACAAUGCUAGAAAAUAUAU